AUGUCCUUCGAUAAUGAAGCUUACCUAGCUGACCAAAAUAGACCCCAUUGUCUCGAAUCUAAUGUCUUCUUCGGUUCUUUACAAACCAUAGCGACUCAAACCCAAUCAAUAAAACAUGAAAAUAUAAGAUUCUUUAUUGCCAUCGAUAUUCCAACACAACAAGCGGCAAAAUUAUACACAGACGUCAUCUCGAACAUUUAUGACUCCAAAGAUGAUGUAAUAAUGAUAAAUUUCGAUUCCAAAGCUAUCCCUAACGAUUCCCUUUUCCAAUCUGAUGAAUUAUUGACUUUCUACCGUUGGAAUAAUAGUCGUCUUCUGGCAUUAUCAAUGGGUCAAGUUAUAGCCAAUGCGCCCAACGCCAUCACAAAUGAAUUGGACUAUAUAAUGCAAGGAAAUAAUAAAUUAGAUUCUAAUAUUAUUACGCUAGAAAAUAUUGAAAAAUUCCAAGUCUUUAAUGAUUUUGUUACCAUUUUUAAAAACUUGGGGAACAAAAUUCUCAUAUUCGGAGAUGUUGAAGAUAACGAAAAUUUAAUCACUUUGUUAAUAUCGACCGUAUUAAGGAAAACACCAACUUUAAAAUUAAUGGAUGCAUUACAAUUUGUUAAGAAUUUGAAAAGUGGUGAUGGUUUGCAGUUAAGGGAGGAAAAAAUAUUUUGGUGUAGUCCACUUAUUAAUUACCAUGAAUUUGUAAGGAAAAAUAAAAUGUAUUGGGGACCCUCUUCCAAUAAAACAAUUAAUACUACUUCAAUGUUGAGUUAUCAGAAUAUUAAUAGUAAUCCAAUGUUUAUGAAGACGAAUAAAAGACACGAGGAUAAUAUGAUGACAAAUCUACCCAAGCAAAUCAGCGUAUCAAGUAGUAAGAGAUCUCGUGCUGAUUAA